UCUCCACUGAAAAGAGUCCAACCUGCAGCCAAAUCCUGCCCAUAAUGCAGAAAUUAAGAAACCAUUUUACUGUGCAUGAAGGAGAUACAGUGUUUGUGUCCACUCUUAAGGCAACAGUCUGGUCUGAUCUGUCCCAACGUUAUCAGAGCGUCAAUGUCAAUCUCAAUGGAAACAGAGAAGCUGACAGAGCAUGGCGAUGGAGAAUCAGAAAUGGGGACAAUUCCUCAGGAUGAAGAAGAGGAGACUCUACAGGUUCAAAAGUGCAAGAAGACCAAGAUGACUCCAUUGGAGGAGCUUUUUGCUGAAGAUGAUGCCCUUAAGGAGAACCUGAUUCAGAGCACCUUGUCUAUCCAGGAACAAACUGCCAAAGAACUGGAGAUGUAUAGGGACAUGCGGCCUCUAAUGACCUCUGAAGACCCUGCAAUCUGGUGGUGGAACAGGAGAGACACAUAUCCUUUCCUGUCUGACCUAGCCCAAUCAUACCUUUGUGUACAGGCCUCUUCUACCCCCAGCGAAAGGGUUUUUUCUACUGCUGGGGACACAAUUAGUCAAGAGAGAUCACGUAUACUUCCAGAGAAGGCAGACAUGCUAAUUUUUCUUCAAAAGAAUUGCUGACUUUACAUCUGAUGAUCUUUAUGUCUGUUACAUAUUUUGUUAUGUUGU